GUUUGUGGCUAAAGAGCCUGGAAGUAUCAGGCUUGAGUGGUGGGACUGCCAAGGUCCGCAUACGAUAUAUAAGCCUCCAGGAACGGUGAGUUCCCGUCAGUGCCUCAGCUGCAAUCAUGUCCUCAGUUCUAUACUUGGUACUCCUCUUCGGGGCAGCCGUGUCUGCCAAGCACGUCCUCCCUUCUUACGUGAAGACUUGCUCAAGGAAUGACCCCAACCUGAGCGAGUGCGCACUGAAGAGAGGCAAGGAGAUCAUACCCAAGAUCAUAAAAGGAGACCCAAGUAUAAGACUUCCAGUACUGGACCCGAUGAUGCUGGACAAAGUUGGUAUCAGUACCACUGGUCGCGCCAAUGGGGGAGGACUCCAGCUCACUUGCUACAAAUGUAACGUCUACGGGCUCUCAAACGCAGUACUCCAGGACAUCAAAAUUGACUUGGCCAAGAAGCACAUCGCCUUGAAGAUCUUUGUCCCACAAUUAUCUGUCGCAGGCAAAUAUGAUGUCAAUGGCAAGCUAUUACUUUUCCCAAUCACCGGCAAUGGACAGGCUAACAUCACUCUGCUUGACUUGAAAGCUGAGGCCGCCCUCGACUGGAAGCUUAUCAAGAGGAAAGGAAGCGAAUACGCUCACAUCUCAAGGGACAGAGUAGACUUCACAGCAUCAAGGCUUAAACUCUCCCUAACUGGCCUCUUCGGUGGAGACAAAGCACUCAGUGACAACAUGAACCAGAUCCUCAACGAUAACUGGAGGGAAGUCCUCGAUGACCUGAAACCAUCCAUCUCUGGCACUGUCAGCGAGAUCAUCAAGUUCACCCUGAACAACAUCUUCGACAUGAUCCCCUAUGAACUCUUCUUCCCCGAAAAGUGAGGGGAUCCUGAUGGUGACUAGAGGAUAACAAAACUUGCGACACCUGAGUCGUCGGUACUCACAGACAAAAGGACUUGUAGUCGGGCAGCUGAGGCCUUCGUCUAAGAUGUUCCUGGCUGUGUCUGUACCCUGUGCUCGGCACCAUCAAUGAUGGGCUUUAGAAUUUUUUUUUUAAGAUGUACCAAAAUCACUCUCAACACUGUAAAUUUGUCAACGAACAAAUACCUCGGUAUAAUCUAGUCAAAAUUGCAUUCUGAACUCGUCAAAAGUGUUGUUAUCCUCAACUUGUAUUAUAAAAGCUCUUUGUCAAAGAUAGCAAACGAAGUUUGUGACUAUUGUGAUCUUACCUCUUUGGAUUUUUUUAUGGUCAUUGACAAAUUACAUUAUUUAUUGUCAGUGACUGUAGUUCAUAAAUUGAAGAGGAUUAUUUAUGUAUUGGUUCUAUUUGUAGUUGUACAUGUGUUUGAAGAUGUAUAUACAUUGAUAGAUUAACGCUUGAAUGUGUUAUUAAAUUUAUUAAGUUU